AGGUGCAUAGACAGAGAAAGAGGGGUAGGAAGAGAUAGAGAGAGACAAAGAAAGAGAGGUGCAGAGAGAAAGAGCUGGGAGGUGUUGACCUGAGGCGUGUCCAUGGAGGGAGACCCAGAGGAGCCAGAGGAGGACAGCGAGGAGAGCCGGGCCGGGUCUUCCUCCCCUCGCUCCUCCGUCCUGUGGGAGAAGGUGAUCCAGCACAGCGUGUUCCUGGACCUGAACGAGGACGACAGCGUCCACCUCAGUGACCUGGAGAACUCCUUCGCCGUGCGUCUCUCCCGGCAAGACUCGGCUCUCUCCGAGACCAGCGUCCACCUCAGCGGGGAUCCUGAGCUGUUGUCGUCUGAGAGCAGUGAUGUCAGCAGCCAGGGUGAGCGCAUGGUGGAAGGCCGUACGAAGAGCAGCGCCACGCGGCCGUCCGUCCAGAGACCCAACACCGCCCAGCCUGGGACGGCUUCACCCCGCGGGCACCAGGACCCAGGGGACACCAGCGACGAGGACCAGGAAGAGCUCCCCUACGACGGGGACCUGGACAGCAGCUACCUCGACCCCCUAGCUUCACCUGAGGAACAUUCUGACGCCGGCGGCGAGGAUUCCGGAACCCUCCAGUCCAGUCCCAACGUUUUAGAUCUUUCCGACGGUCCUGCAGUUGGUGGGGUUGGAGAUACCACCACUGGUCUCUCUCCGGUUGGGACCGGAGCUGCAGAGAGGGUGUGCGUGUCUCCCGCUGGAAGCCAGGGUGAGACAGGAAGCAUCCUGGACCCCAGCAGGCUGACGGAGGGGCUGCCUACCUGCAGCAGUCCUGUGUUCGAAGCCCCACAUCCAGACAUCACCCAGCUGCUCCUACGUCACUUCUCCCAGGACCAGCUACUUCUCUCGGGCAGACUGAUCGAGGCAGAGACCCUGCCGGAGGUGUCCCUGCUGGAGAGCAUGGACGAAACCCUGCUUAGCAGGGCUCCAGGAGGCAGCUGCACAGGGAGGCCCUCUCAUGUUAAUGGGUCAGCCCCACAGCGCAGUAGCGCAGGGAGGCCCAGUGGUGGAUCAGAGAGUCUGGGACAGGAGACUGUGGAGUCUCACCAUAGUCACGUGUCGUCCCCUGAUGGGGAACACCAGGAGCAGAGUAGUGGAGUUCCCAGAGAGACCGACCUGGACCAGGUAGAGGGGGAGGAGGAGGAAGGGAAGAAGGAUGAGGCUGAAGAGAGGGAUGAAUUUGAGGACGUACAGGGGGAUGAGGAAGAAAGAGAGACGGAGGAGGUGGAGGAAGGAGAGGAAGAUGAAGGAGAGGUGGAUGAAGAAGAGAUAGGAGGACAAGAAGAAUCAGCAGAGGAUGGAGGGAUCCAGAAUGUUCCCCUGGCGAGGACCAGGUCGUUCUCUGAGCUGAAGUACGGUCAGGGUCAGGUCCACUACCGUCUCCCAGACUUUUCCAAGGUCGCCCCCAAGGUCAAGAUCCCCAAGACCCCCAGCGGCCCGGACCGACCCCUCGGCCAAUCACCGACCCCCAUCAUGCGGGCCCUGUCCUCGCCGGGCAUGCUGGGCAUGUCGUCGGAGAGGCGCCUGGCAGCGGUGGACGUGAUCAGCAGGGUGCUGGAGGACUCUCUGCAGCCCACAGACACACCCCACGUCUUCACACACCCAGACGCACAGACACACACCAGCCCAGCGCUGGUGCACCACCUGCAGGCUGAAUAUGACAAGCUACUGACUAAAUACGCAGAGGCUGAGAACCUCAUUGAUCAGAUGAGGCUGGUUGCAAAACCUCAGGUACCCUCAGAGCUUAAUCUGGAGUUGGAGUACGCUGGUCUGCAGGAGCAACUAGGUUUACGAAGCAGUGGAAGCCAUUUUGGAUCAACGCCCUUCCCCACGGCACCUCCCAUAAACUCAAAGACUCCGCCUCUCUCUCCACACUGCCCCUCCCCCCUCGCAGAACUAGUCAGUGCAGAGAAGCAGGACAACAGGGGUGAGGGGUUUAGCCCCGCCCCCAGCCCCGUCCGCAAACCGUCCUCGGACCACACCCCUAAACCCUCCCCAGGCUCCGCCCCCAGCCUCGCCCCUAGCCCCACCCCCAUCCAGGCGGAGCUGCAGAGUGACGGGGAGAGGAUGACUGCUGAGCUCCGUGACAUCAUCAGAGAGUUCCUGCAGAAGGUUGAGGGCUUCAGAUCAAGCCUCAGCACUGUGUCUAUAACCCUGGAGGAACAGCAGAUGGUGUUCCGCAGCAUGGUGGAGGCUCAGGACCUCCUGGAGAGGCGGUACCUGAGCAGAAAGGAGGAGCAUCGGGCCCUGGAGAUGCAGACCUACCUGGGCGGGGCCCGGAACACGGGCACCUUCGACCCCGACAGACUGGUGGAGGGGGAGAUAUUUAGAGUAGGAAUGUACCUGGAGGACAUUAAGGAGCUGAUAGACAGGAACAUGUGUGAGCAGUUCCACCCCCCCUCCUCAUCCUCCACCCCCCCCACCCCUCUGCUCCCCAGGGGGGGGUCCAGCACCCCCUCCCUGACUACACCAGCACCAUCCCUGCAUGAGGAGCCUGGUUCAUCUCCAUGGGGUUACAAGACAGGGGCUAUGGAGGAAGAGGACGAUGACCAGGAUGCCUGUGGGGAGGAAGAUCUGCUCUCAGCAGCCUCUCAGCUGGACAGCUCUGAGCAGAGCAGCAGCAGUCUGAGGACCGCACACACCUCCCUGGACAGAGCCCACAUCCCUACCCCCGAGCAGGGAGAGGAGGAGAGGGGCUGCGUGCCGUCUGAAGGGAGAGGGGCUGGUGGGGAGGCUGGACUCGGCUCCUCCUCCACAGAGACGCAGUGGAGCGCUGGCAGGACCAUCUCCACGGUGUUGCUCCUGUGCAGGCCGGCUGGAGCUGCAUCUCAGGACAGCAGCCUGCUGGUGGAGGUCUCUCCUGGGGCUGCAUCUCAGGACAGCAGCCUGCUAGUGGAGGUCUCUCCUGGGGCAGCAUCUCAGGACAGCAGCCUGCUGGUGGAGGUCUCUCCUGGGGCUGCAUCUCAGGACAGCAGCCUGCUAGUGGAGGUCUCUCCUGGGGCAGCAUCUCAGGACAGCAGCCUGCUGGUGGAGGUCUCUCCUGGAGCUGCAUCUCAGGACAGCAGCCUGCUGGUGGAGGUCUCUCCUGGAGCUGCAUCUCAGGACAGCAGCCUGCUGGUGGAGGUCUCUCCUGGAGCUGCAUCUCAGGACAGCAGCCUGCUGGUGGAGGUCUCUCCUGGAGCUGCAUCUCAGGACAGCAGCCUGCUGGUGGAGGUCUCUCCUGGAGCUGCAUCUCAGGACAGCAGCCUGCUGGUGGAGGUCUCUCCUGGAGCUGCAUCUCAGGACAGCAGCCUGCUGGUGGAGGUCUCUCCUGGAGCUGCAUCUCAGGACAGCAGCCUGCUGGUGGAGGUCUCUCCUGGAGCUGCAUCUCAGGACAGCAGCCUGCUGGUGGAGGUCUCCUGCUCCUCACAGAGUGUGGAAGCACACGGCAGCUCAGACAUCAGCUCUCCACAGAGGAUAGUAAGUUCAGAGACUGACAGCGGUUUUGGAAGUUGUGAGUCGACCACAGGGCUGUCCCCCUCGAAGAUAAACACUCAGAGAUCCAGGGUGCUGACCCAAUACAACAGCAGCUCUGGUCUGAGUGAGUCAGACAGCGAGGGCUCCUGUUCUCAGCUGCGGACCACCAUCCAUCCUGCAGACUGUCUACAGACCACCAUCCACCCUGCAGACUGUCUACAGACCACCAUCCACCCUGCAGACUGUCUACAGACCACCAUCCACUGUGUAGACCCUCUACAGACCACCAUCCACCCUGCAGACCGUCUACAGACCUCCACCCACCCUGUAGAGACCUUUACUGGGGACACAAGGGGCAGUGUACAGACCUCCAUCCAGACUGGGCGGAGGCACCCCACCCUGACCCCACACACAGGGGCAGAGCCUCUCCGUUCAGUCCAGCUGCGACUCCAGGGCAACGCCUGGUACCAGGCGGAUCCCUGCUCGAGUCACAGCGUCGCCAUGGAUACGCUGCAGCCAGAAGGCCCCUCCCCCGCCUGCCCCUGUCACAGCGAGGUCCUGGUGUCUCUGCAGCAGCAGGUGUCCAAGCUGCAGAAGGACCUGGAGGAGGGACUGAUUCAGCUCCCUCAGCUCAGCCAGAGGAUGGACCUCCUCUCCUCGCGCCACCGGCAGGACCGGAGCUCCAGGAGCCGGCCCCGGCCUCAUCCCAGACCACCUGCACACAGUGUCUGGAGGUCUGCAGGCAGCAGGACCCCCACCCUGGCCCAGGAGCCAGGCCCUGCCUCCAGCCUGCUGAAGGUAGAUGACUGGAUCUCCUCAGACAUGGACCCCAGCAGGAGCAGAGGUACACAACAACACUGUACCAACAGUGACUCCGGGCGCUCAGGGACCCUGCAGUACAUCGGCUCACCACCAGGGGUCAGUAGAGGGAGCCCAGACCCACACACCUCCACCAGCCCGGGGAAACCCCAGAGCGAGAAGCACUCCAGCAGAGGUUCGGAGGGUAACCUGACCGUGAGGAACCCAGAUCUUCCCCUCUCCAACCCCAGUCCCAGCCCUAGUCCUAGUCCCAGUCCAAUACUAGGCAAACAGGGACUGUCCUACAGCAACCUCAACUACAGGGCUCAGCUGUCGGCAGUUCUGGACGCAGAGAUGGAGAACCUGUUCUCCAAGGGGAGGUUCUCUCAGCAGAAGCCUCUGUUACAGGUCAACUAUGGAUCCUCCUCCAGCCUGCCUGCUGGCUUCAAGGUGAGGGAGCCUACGCUGCAGUCUGUGUCUGUCCAGCGGAAGCGCUCAGCCCAGUCGGACACGGCACUCCUGCCCAGCAACGUGUACUUCCAGCGGACGCUCCCUCCAGCACUGCCCCCCUCCAGGACCACGAGCAGGACCAGACGGCACAGGGGCAGCAAGGAGGAGGAGAUCAACAGGAAGCUGGACCAGGCUAUCGAGGCGGCCCGCAGCAUGAAGAAGGCCACUGAUAGAAUGGCCAGGAGUCUGUCAGCUGACCUGGCCAAGUCCCAGCUACACAGGAAGUUACACGGCAGGAAACACGUCACCUCAUAACGCCUAGGCUCCCACAUCUGACCUGGGAUCAGCCUCCAAACUUAAUGUGAUUACCUGUUGUUCUUUGUGUUUUGUGUUUUAUGUAAGUUUACAUAUUUAUUUACGCCUCAAACAUUUUAGAUAUUAACUUAUUGUCGAUUAAAUUAUUUGUUAAUAGUU